AUGUCAAAGAAAUUAGUGCAGGCUCCUUAUCAUCUCUGUCAGCUUGCACAUCCUUUCCUUAAAGCAUCAGGAUUUGCAAGUAUUUUGUUCAUCUCCUCUGUGGCUGGUUCAAUGGCUCUACCUCGAUUAUCAGUGUAUUCGGCAUCUAAAAGUGCAAUUAACCAAAUUGCAAAGAGCUUGGCAUGUGAGUGGGCUAAGGAUAACAUUCGGACGAAUACAGUUUUGCCAUGGGGUGUUAGAACAUCGAUAAGAAAACCAGAGGCAGACGCUGCAUAUGUUGUGGAAUUUCUGAGGCUGAUAGGUGGAACGGCAAUGCCGAGGAUAGCAGAACCCGAAGAUAUUUUGUCAAUGGUGGCAUUCCUUUGCCUUCCAGCAGCCUCAUACAUCACUGGACAGGUUAUAUGUGUGGAUGGAGGGUAUACAGCAGGUGGCUGCUGGCCAUUUCAGAACUUAAGCUUUAAUUUAUUCAAUCCUUGAAAUCUUUAGCAUCGAGCUACCAGAAUGUUUUAGACGCAAACUUUGUGCAAAAAACUAAUGGGGUUCAAUGUAACAAUUUCUUAUGUGGAACAUUUAGGGUUUCAGUAAA